GAAUCCAACUCAUUACGGGUAUGGGAUUGAAUUAAUUGAUGAAGUUACCGGAGAUUUUUUAGAAAAAGAUAAGUUAGAAAGAAAGUUAGUAAGAAUUGCUGAACCGGGGGAGGAAAUGAUUGAAGAGAUGCCAAGGAAAGUAGUAGUAAUUAUUCUAGUACAGCAUGGGGGAGCAAAAGAAGGGAUAGAAAUUUAUUAUAAACCUGAAUUACUUCUUCAUAUCAAAGAAGAUUUUUUGAUGAGUUCUGGUAAAGUAAUAGUAGUAGAAAUGAAACUCCAAAAAUUACCAGGCUUAAAUAAGCCAGAAUUUCCCGAGGAUUAUAAAUUUAGUCUGAUUGCCUAUAACAAGGUAAAUGAAAGUGAGUAUAUUUUAGUUGAUAAUCAUGAUCGGAAGGGUCCUCAUUGGCACGAUAACGACAGUAUUGACCGCAUGGCGGAUAGUUUUCGUCAAGCGGUUCGAGGAGAAUUAAAAUUAGUGGAACCUAAUAUUAUGCGUUCGAGUAGCAUUGAGGCACUUUUAGUUGGAGUUAAUAAGGAGAGGUUAGAAUUAUUUUCAGUUUUAGUAGAAAAAAGACCGGAUAAUUUAUCACAAUUGGCGGAGUAUUUAGAACGAGAUUAUCAAGUGGUUUAUCAGGAUGCUAAGCUUUUGACCCGGUGGGGUAUUAUUCA